AUGAUCAAUGAAAUUUCUAUUCAAAUCCCGAACCAUAACUUCAAUCAUUCCAGUGAUGAUGAUAAUAAUAUAGGGGAGGACAACAGGUCCAGUUCAGAGCAAUCUUCGUUUCAUCAUCCGAUUUUUGAAAACAGAAAGCUCAAAGCUCAUGCCCGUAAUAUGUCCUCUCCAACAUUAUUUACUCCUGUUUUUGAUAUUAUUAUUGAUCAUCCAAAAGGAUCCUUAAUAUUUAGGGAUUUUUGCGAAGAGAACUUGGUACUGGAAAAUUGGGAAGCCUUACAGACCAUUCGACAAUUCAAAAUGGACGUCAAAUUUACAAUUAGAAAAGCCAUGGAGUUGGAAGAAGUGAUGCAGUCAAGCAGCCCUGUAAGCAACUGUCCUACCACAUCUGGUUCCAGCAGCAAUAGCAUGAACGGAAAGUUUAAAUUGACUCAAUUAAUUGGAAAUGUUCAUCAAUUACUGGCUAGUAACCAGCAACACAUCACAUCUGGAAGUGCUAAUCAUCAUUGCCAAAGCGAUUUAAUAUUCCCUCAUACCACCAUGAUUUCAAGUAUGACUGUUUCAGCACUCAAUGUUGGGCACAUGAAUGCUCAUCACACUUGGCAGAAUCCUCAAAUUGUCAUUGAAAAGACAGAUCUUCCUACUCACUUACAGCGCAAUAGAAAUUGUAAAGCCUUAAAAGAGUCAAUAUUGGUUGACAUUUCUCGAAUAGUGGCGACCUUUAUCAACGAAGCGUCGGAAAAACAGAUUAACAUUGAUAGUGAAACAAGGAAGAACACAAUACAAAAACUAGAACAAAUGCAACAGCAAUUGUCAACCACUCAAGAUCGUCGAUUUUCAAAUGUCUCUGAAAACCCAUCCAGCAACGACACGUCGUCACUCAUGCCUCCAAGCGAAUACGACAGUAAUGAUUCGUCCUCAAUGCUUCGUUCCUCUGACUCUUGCACAACAACAGUCACCAAUGAAGAUUUGGCAAGCACACCCACAUCGCCAACAGAUGAAAACUCACCAACCAGAAAAAAAGUGUCGUCUUUUAAAAAGAUUCUCCCAAAGUUAGUGACAUCACCAAAGAAGAAGAAUUCAGCUGAAACAGAAAAAAAGAGUUCAGAACAUGAGAACAACGAUCAGGAUUCCUCCAUUUUCAACAUUGAUCUUAUUGGAAGUUUCAGCGUCAAGACAAGCAAUGCCUUAAAAGCAGUGACUCUUCAAAAUGAACAACAACUACAACAGUAUGAACAAGAGUUUAAAGACGUGAUUGUGUUUUUUGAUCAAAUAGAGGUUCAACUGUUGCUAUUACUUAAAGAUGACGUCUUUCCACGAUUUGUAAGGAGCACAAAUUGGCUUAACUUUCUCAAGCAAUAUCCACAAGAUGCCUUAGAAUGUGCCAAAACUGAAGACAUUGAAGAACUAAAGAAAAUGAGAUUUACGAAAGACGACUUUAAGAGAAUUCGUUUAGAACCCUCAGACUUUGAAAGAUGUGAACGCUUAUUUGCCGAUUCUAUACUCUUUGAUUUAAUUUAUGAUAAUUAUGGACAAAGUAGCAAACGUCUCAAGAUUUAUAGCUCGCGAAAGAAGAGAGAUUCUUACAACAAGAAAUACUCUCAAAACUCUCCCCUAGUAGGUGUUUACUUUUCCAAUGGUGAGAAUUUUAUUGAUGAAGACUCCUUAAAACUAGGAAAAUUUGGAGUUCAGAAACGAUUAGGCUAUUUAGAUUUUCCAGCAGAGGUUAUUGUGAGCGCAUUGUGUGACAUUGAUUUGCAAAGCAAACUGCUCCCUAAGGUAGAAACGAAUGACAAUUCCAUUCUUGGAUGGACAAAGUGUGACGACAAACGCCACUACCCAUCUCUUAUUACUCAUUACAACCUUAAUUUUGGGAAAAUGUUUAAGAGACGCGGGGUGUAUGCCUCGAAUUGUGCCAUCUUUGAUCAUAAGAAGUAUAGAUAUCACUUUUUAUCGAAAUCUAUUUACUCAAAUCCUCAAUUUCCAAAUAUUGACGAGAGAGGCAAGAAGACUAUUGCAAGUGCCACUAUUACAUACGCCUCCAUCAUUCCUGUUUCAAAGAGUAGAUGUAAACUCAUUUAUGUCAUGCUAGGAAAUAUGGGAGGAGUGGUUUCUAAAUUUUCAUCCGUGUUAUUCAAGAAGGAAGUGACACUUUUUGACAGUCACUUGCAAGAGGAAUUGGUUAAAAUGAAAACUAACAAGUAUGCAGAUCUCGAAAAUGGAUAUCACAUGGUUAGAAAUUGUUUAGAUUAUUGCAACCGUUUCAUGAAAAAUUCUGUGGAGGCUCAAGAAAGCUCCUCUACAUGUCCUUUUCCCAAAACAUUUACUGAAUUUCAAGAAAUAUUUUCUUAA